AUGUCUGGGUAUUCAUUGGAAACCUUUUUGGUCGAAGUAAAACAGGCAAUCAAUACAAAUAGUCUUAACAAGGUGCUAUCGGUAAAUCCUGCCACUACCAAACACAUUCCAUUACUUCAACCCUUACUUCAAACCUAUGAGGACAAGCAGUUGGAUAGCAUCAUUGAAAACUUUCACUUCUUUGACAAUAAUUGGCCUGCCUUUGAAAUUGUGCUACAGAAAUAUUUGAUUUUUGUCCGAGACUUGGAUCCAUGGAGCUUGCUCGACUCAAUAGACCUUCUGAUAGCGUUCUAUGAAUCAAUUAGUAUCGCGUUGAAUAACAAACAGUUUAAUUCAUAUUUGUUCCCUCUCACGUAUGAUCUAACCAAAAUGUUGAUUCCUUUAGCAAAAUUGGUGGAUAAUAAGAUGAUGAAAAUAGAAAAUAGAUCCAAUAACUUCCCCAGAGUAUCGUAUCUUUCGACGAUCAUGUUGAAAGCUUUGAACAAUAUCCGAAGCUCGCCUGACCUUGACGAUCAUGUCAAUCCCUCUAUCAAAUACACCAUAUUUGUUCUAAUGUAUAUCAGUAUUACACUUUGCAACAUCUACAUCUAUAUUGAUUCUCCCAUGCUUUGCAACAAUGUGUUCUCAAACAUAAAUGUGCUUGGUUUAGAUAGAAGCCUGAUCACUAUGUCUCAACUGAUCAAAUACAGAUUUGUCCUCGGCAAAUUCCACCUCUUACAGAGCCAUUACUAUUUGGCGUUUCACCAUUUUGAAUGGUGCUUUCUAAACAGCCAUUCUGGAUCUGAAGUGAGAUUCCUUGUUUCCAUACUCAAAUACCUAAUUCCGUGUGGACUUCUUAUGGGAAAGGUCAUUGAUAUUCGUUCUCUUCAAAAUAUAGUAGGAAACGACGAGAAAGGUAUUAAGUUGGUCAAUCUCUACAUGCCAAUAAUUCAGUAUUACAAAAAUGGUAAUUUGGAGAAUUUCACCAGAUAUGUUAAAGUGAAAAGAAGCUAUUUUAUAGGAUUAAGCCUAUAUGUAGGCUUUCUUCAAAGAAUCCGUAUUCUUAUCAUCAGAAAUCUCUUGCGUAACGUUUAUAGAUUUACCCAAGGAUUGAAGUUCGAAGAUGUACGCCGAGCUUUAGAGAUCUCAUUGAAUUCCUCACAACAUAAGCAGAUGGAUCAAUUGUGGUUCUAUGUGAUUACCGAUCAGGUGGAUGACAAAAUAACAGAAAAUAUUCUCAUGGCUUUAAUUGAUAGCAAUUUGAUUAAGGCUAAGCUGACCGCCACGAGGAGCAUUGUUCUAAGGAGAACGGGAUCGUUCCCCAAGAUCUAUGACAUUUAUAAAAUUAAAAAGUAA